AUGUUGGUCUUUUGCCUUGUUGCUCAGUUUUCCUAUCUUGGUGUUUUCCUGUCUCCAAAGGAUGGCAACCAACUCUUCUUCUUUUUCAUGUUUUAUUUAUUCUUAUUCUACAACCCCAACUUCACGAGAGAUGAUCCCCACCUGCUCCAGAGGUGCAAGCAAAGAGUCGGCCUCAAGAGGAGAGCAAUAGCUGCAUUUUCACCAGGCCCAGCUUGGAAAGAAAACUGCCCCACAGGAAGCCCAGAUGUGCAGCCUGAGGGUGCAGCCACUGCUGUUAAGCCUUGCACCCCCUCCCUUUUACCGCUGCAGUGCAGCCAGUCCCCACCUGACCUCCAGCAAGCUGCUGCUGUUGUACCUGCUCCUUCACCAAGCCACCACUUACUUCCCGUAAACAACUGGGCACCUUGCACACCAGGGUUGAGGCUUCCUGCCUUUCCACCACUGCAGCCAGGCACAGCACCUCUGCAGGCCCUUGGGCUUGCCCUGCUUCCCUUCUGGCACCCAUGGUUUCCCAAGGUUGUCCAUGCUGGCAGCAGCCUCUGCUCUAACCAUGCCGGGACCACUGUACACCCAAAUCCCACCUGUGCCUCCCAGCCCAAACCUUAA